AUGACGAGGCCCGACACCUCCCUCAACCGGCAUGGCAGCAUCGAGAGCUCGUGGAGCUCGCGCUCCGGCGACACGGUACGGCCUUACGGGCGCCAGGGCUCUCUGCGCGGCACGCCCGUCACAGUGAAGACGACAAAGGACCCCAACGCACCCGUCGAAAAGGAGCCCGACAUAUCGCCCACCACAAUCCCUCCAGCGCCUCCCCCAAAAGACCCGCAGCAUCAGCCUCGCAAGCCUCCUGUCUGGGAGGGCCCCAUCUCCCACGAUUUCCGCGACUACCGAAAGGACCUGGCCGUGCUGCAGACCUCGGGCGGAAGGGUGCCGUCUAUAUCGCGCAACCCGCCGACUGCUUCGAGCGCAAACUCCAAUCCACCCUGGGCAUCCUCAGCUCCCAAUGGUGGUACCAACAUGGCGAACAAUGUCUGGAGCAGCUUCUUCAACGAUUCCGACAACGACGACGUCGCUCAGCUCUCCCCCGGCUUCGCUCCGUCCGGUGGCAACGCUAGGGAAGAUGCCAUGGGAUUUCCGAGAGACGAUCGAAGGCCUUCGGUGGCAAGCGCCAUGACGGUUAGCAGCACCGGCUCCAAGUCGAGUUUCAGCAGGGGAUUCCACAAGAAGCUGCAGAAUGUGUUUGGUGAAGACUUUCCUGGUGAGGGUCGCCAAAACUCAGACACGAGCUUGAACAAUGCAAGGUCCAACAUCACAGAGACGCAGUCGCUGCACGCACCUCGCAAUCGUGGCAACUCCCUGAACAACACAUUUGGCAGUGGCGCUUACAGCUCCAGGCCCACUUCCCCCACCAGCUCGCGCCCACGGACACCACAACCCUCGUCGGAAGUCACGCCUUGGGAAUUCCAAGAUUCUCAGGAUGCUGCCUCCUCGACCGAGAACGGACGCAGAAGAUCUUCGGAGCAAACGUUGACAAAGCCCGGCCACCGCGCACACAAGAUCACUUCGAGGCUGCCGGGGCAUCGACACCACCGCAGCAAGGAGGAAAACAAGACUGCGCCUGAUAGUCGCGGAGACAUCAGCGCCACAUACCCUCUACGGCCGGCCACCAGUCGCGAGGAUUCAACCUACAGCGUCCGCCGGGUCCAACAGCAACAACCGUCGGCCCUGAGUUCCGCUUUCGCUUCCAAGACAAGCCUGGCACCACGCCCACCAAGCCCAACGCCCAGUACCUAUUCUGAAAUGACACAACACUCCGUUGCCCAACAAUCACAAUCGCCUAGCACCAGCAAAGGACCUGGCCGAUUCUUCGCACGCUUGCGUGGAAAAGAAAAGACAGAGAACCACCCAGCUGUAGACCAUCUCAAGAACAUGCCUGCGGCCUCGUCACAGAUCUCCCUUGCGCCUUCGAUGAACGGUCCGCCAUCAACGCGUGUAGAUCCCAAUCAACCCUCGUUCAUAUCCAGAAAGAAAUCUACGUUCGAUCAGUUGAAGGGCCCAAGCCAUACGGUCAAGGAUGGCAAGAAAGAGCACAGGCGUCUGCCGUUCAAGUCUUCGGACAAGCGCGCCAUGUCACAUGCGGAACCGAAAGGAAAAGAUCCAAACGAUGCGAAAGCGGACGCUGUGGGCAAUGAAGCCAUGUGGUUCCUGGACACGAAGCUCGACGACAUGAGCGGUAUUGUGAAUCCUCAACAGCCCCCGAUGACGCCUCCUACUGGCGACGUGCAGCAUGUGGCUCUCGCUGGAGACGACGAACCGGGGCCAAAAGACGACACAUGGGAUGCACCUGACUCUUGGGCUGUGAAGAGGCUUGACGAACUUCGGGAACAGUCACUGGAUGAACCCGAGGUAGCGGCGAGGGAGCAGAAUGACACGAAGACAUACUGCUUGCGCAUAUUCAGGGCUGACUCCACGUUUGCAACCUUAUCUGCUACACUCAAUACCACCGUUGCGGAGAUCAUCCAGAUUCUCGGUAAGAAGACAGUGCUUCAGGACGAGUUGGACAAUUACCAUAUCGUGAUGCGAAAACAUGACACCUCGCGGCAGCUGGAAUCAAACGAACGACCGCUGCUCAUACAGAAACGCCUUUUGGAGCAGGCUGGAUACUCGGACGCGGAUCGCCUGGAAGAUGUUGGGCGAGAAGAUAACAGCUACCUGUGCAGGUUUACGUUCUUGCCAGCCAAGAUGAGUGGUUUCUCUAGCCUGGAGAAGGACCCAGGGUUCAAGCAAAUGCAAAAGUUCAGCCACAUCGAUCUACAGGGCAAGAACCUAAUCACCAUCCCCAUCACCCUUUACCAGAAAGCCACCGAGAUCAUCUCCCUCAACCUGUCGCGCAACCUUUCUCUCGACGUGCCGAAGGACUUCAUCCAAGCUUGUACGAACCUCAGGGAGAUCAAAUACACGAGCAACGAUGCCAGACGAUUACCUCCCAGUCUGAGCAUGGCAAGUCGCCUUACCAUGCUCGAUAUAUCCAACAACUGCCUUCAAACUCUCGAUAGGGCAGAGCUGCACAAGCUGCAGAGUCUGCAAGGUCUUCGACUGUCAAACAACGGCUUGACGUCUCUGCCAUCCUACUUCGGGCAGUAUCGUGCGCUUCGGAGCCUGAAUCUCAGUUCCAACUCUUUGACCGAGUUUCCUGAUUUCUUGUGCGAAGUGCGCACGCUUGUGGACCUCGACAUCAGUUUCAACUCGAUAUCUAGUCUUCCGAAGAUUGGACAAUUGACUUGUUUAGAACGUCUGUGGGCCACUAACAACAAGCUAUCCGGCAGUUUCCCUCCGACGCUCAGCAACCUGGUCAACCUCCGAGAGGUGGAUGUCCGUUUCAACGCUCUUGACAGCAUGGAUGUCAUGUCACAACUGCCCCGUCUCGAAUUUCUCAUGAUCGGACACAACUCGAUAUCUGCUUUCGAGGGUUGCUUCCCCAAGAUCCGUGUUCUGCACAUGAAUCACAAUCCUGUCACACGUUUUGGAUUGAGCGGACCUGUACCCUCCUUGACUGUGUUGAAUCUCGCAUCCGCGAAGCUGGCUCAGCUGCCCGAGGAUCUGUUCCAGAAGCUCACAGGCCUCACAAAAUUAAUCCUGGACAAGAACCACUUCACCUCGCUUUCAAACAACAUUGGCAGAUUGUACAGGUUAGAGCACUUGAGUGUUGCUCGAAACUCAUUAGACGAGCUGCCAGCUGAGAUUGGACGUCUUGUAGAGCUACGUUAUCUAGACGUGCGAGAGAACAACCUCGGGCGACUCCCUCCUGAGCUUUGGUACGCACGAAGACUGGAGACUCUCAACGUAUCCUCGAACGUGCUAUACGCCUUUCCGAAACCAAGCGCAGCGCCACCUCAAGAAGCCAACAGCGGCAUACAGUUGGAUGGGUCACAUUCAUUAUCGACCCCGGGCCCAGCUGCAAGUCCAAGCUACGAGGAGCUUGGCAAAUUGGAGGACUUUCAACAUCGACGCCCUAGUCAGGCAUCAGGUGGCUAUCUUAGUUCAGGCACUUCGCCAGCGUCCUCGACUCGAAAAGGAUCGAUGGCCUCGUUCAAUACAGCCAGCACAGCACGCAAGCCAUCAGCUGUAACCCGUGUGCCCACUGAAGGUACCGUUACAUCGACAAUGACUCGCAAAGACUCAAGCCUUUCGAGCAGACUGGUCACGACCUUUGCUGGCUCUUUGCGACAUCUCUUCCUCGCUGACAACAGGCUCGAGGACAAUGUGUUUGACGAGCUAUGCCUGCUGCCUGAGCUGAGGAUCGUGAACCUGGCCUACAAUCUGAUCUACGACAUACCUCCACGCACGAUUCGAAGGUGGCAGCAUCUUGCGGAGCUCUAUCUCUCGGGCAACGACCUGACUUCGUUGCCAUCGGAGGAUUUGGAAGAGGUCGGCUCGCUCAAAGUGCUUCACAUCAACAACAACAAGUUCCAAGUGCUGCCUGCCGAGCUUGGCAAAGUUGCACAGCUUGCGGUUCUGGAUGUUGCGAGCAACUCGCUAAAAUACAACGUCUCUAAUUGGCCAUACGACUGGAAUUGGAACUGGAACCACAAGCUGAGAUAUCUCAACCUAUCAGGCAACAAGCGACUUGAAAUCAAACCUAGUGGCUCGUACAGUGGAAGCGGAGCGGCUAUGCGGGAAGGCCGAGACUUGACCGACUUCACUGCCCUGGUUAGUCUUCGAGUCCUCGGGUUGAUGGACGUUACCAUGAUGAUCCCAUCUGUACCUGAGCAGACGGAAGACAGGAGAGUGCGAACAGCAGGGUCUGCUGUAGGCACCAUGGCCUACGGAAUGGCGGAUAGCCUAGGUCGGACAGAGCACAUCUCGACCAUGGACAUGGUUGUACCUCGCUUCCGCAGCCACGAUGACGAACAAGUGCUGGGUUUGUUUGAUGCCCAGCCUCUUGCUGGGGGAGGGUCAAAGAUUGCUAAAUUCUUAUAUGAUAACUUCAAGAAUCGAUUCGCUGACGAACUGGACCGAUUGCGACCGAACGAAAAUCCAGUUGAUGCUCUACGACGGACCUACUUGGGGCUCAACAAAGAGCUAGCUACAUCGGCUUCCCAGUCUCUGGACAAGAACGCUUACACACCGCCGACGCAGCCUAGAGGCGCUGUCCCUGAGCUCGGAGACGACGACUUGACCUCUGGUUGUGUGGCCACGGUUAUGUACCUGAAGGAGAUGGAGCUCUACAUUUCCAACGUCGGCGAUGCGCAAGCGCUGCUGAUCCGAUCAGAGGGUGGUCACAAGAUUCUCACACGAAAGCACGAUCCUGCCGAGCCUAGCGAGCGAGCCAGGAUCAGAGAAGCUGGCGGUUUCGUCUCGCGUCAAGGCAAGCUGAACGACGUCCUUGAAGUAUCCCGAGCUUUCGGUUACGUGCAGAUGUCGCCCUCCGUCAUCGCUUCGCCGCACAUACUCAAUCUUACCUUGGGCGACACCGAUGAGAUGAUCCUGGUAGCUUCCCGGGAACUGUGGGAAUACCUAACCCCUGACUUUGCCGUCGAUGUGGCACGAUCUGAGCGUAACGAUCUUAUGCGAGCUGCCCAAAAGCUUCGAGAUCUCGCCAUUGCGUUUGGUGCUACCAACAAGAUUCAUGUCAUGCUGCUUGGGGUUAGCGACCUGAAAAGCAAACAGCGAGCCCGCUUCCGCACACACAGCAUGUCUAUGGGACCUUCAGGCUCACCGGACGACUUUCUCGUCGGUCGCAGGCCAGGCAAAAGGGCCAGAAACAUGGUUGGCGAUUCUAAGCUUGCUCGGCUGGAUCAGGAAGUGGAUGCACCAACUGGUGAAGUCAGCUUAGUGUUUACUGACAUCAAGAGCUCGACUUUGCUUUGGGAGACAUAUCCCAUUGCUAUGAGAUCUGCAAUCAAGAUGCAUAAUGAGCUCAUGCGUCGACAGCUACGCAUCAUCGGUGGGUACGAGGUCAAGACUGAAGGCGACGCAUUCAUGGUUGCCUUCCGAACAGUGACGUCUGCCUUGCUCUGGUGCUUCACAAUUCAAAGCCAACUAUUGGAAGUGCAGUGGCCGCAAGAGAUUCUGAACAGCGUGAAUGGGCAAGAGGUGGUUGACCCUGAUGGCAAUGUCAUCUUCCGUGGCCUAUCAGUCCGCAUGGGUAUUCAUUGGGGACGGCCGGUGUGCGAAGUUGAUCCAGUCACCAAACGCAUGGAUUAUUUCGGGCCCAUGGUGAACCGAGCGUCACGAAUAUCGUCUGUAGCCGAUGGAGGGCAGAUAACGGUGUCCUCCGAUUUCAUCGCUGAGAUUCAACGUCUGCUCGAGACACACAUCGAGGGUGAUCGCAGUAACUCGACCGGCUCCGAAGAAGCUUUCGGUGACGACGUGCAUAGCCAGCUUAUCAGGCAGGAACUACGAUCCCUAAGCAGCCAAGGCUUCGAGGUCAAAGACCUUGGUGAAAGGCGCCUCAAGGGUCUCGAGAAUCCCGAGUAUAUCUACCUCAUGUACCCACACUCGCUAGCCAGUCGCCUCGUCGUGCAGCGCCAACUUGAGCAACAAGCUGCAUCGUCAACACAAGAGUCUUCAAUGGGUCAAAAGAUGCCAGGCAGCCAGCUUACAAUCGACACGGAAGAUGUAUGGGAUCUCUGGAACAUUAGUCUGCGCCUGGAAAUGCUCUGCAGUGCACUUGAGAAUCCUGGGAGUUCGGAGCUCAAGGCGCCUGAGACGGCACUUUUGGAGCGUAUGAAGAAUAGGGGUGGCGAGAUCACGGACCGGUUCUUGAUCAACUUUGUUGAACAUCAGAUCAGCAGAAUCGAGUCUUGUGCUACUACCCUCGCGCUGAGGCACAUGAUGCGACCAAUGGGUUCUGCUCCAUUGCUCCAGCAGGCUUGUCAUAUGGGUGACAUAUUCUCUGAGCUCGAAGCAAAACUGAAGCGUCUCGAGCAGUUCGAGCAAGAAGCCAUGGCGGACAUGGCGCCUUCAUGA